AUGUUACCUGACCUACCAGCGGAUAUCAUCUACCAUAUUGUUGGUUUUCUGCCUACAGCCAGCUGCGUAAAGAACCUGGGCCAAACCUGUCAGCGCCUGCACGAGCUGAUCUCUGCAAACGAUUAUCGCAUCUUCCAGGCCUUCGUGCAAAGCCGUUUUGCAUCCAUUGACACCCCGCCCUUCUGGGUCGACGCUGCUCGCGCCCUGACCUCGCGGUCGAGAGCAUUUGAACGCAAAGCCAUCAUUGGUCGUUUCGUACUUCCCCCUCAAAAUGCCAGGCGAAUCGGCCAUCCAAGGACAGUCAGGACUGACCAUCCCACUCUAGGAUACAGGCCGGUGAUUGAUAGCUAUGAAGAAUGGUGUGGUAACAGUUGGAAUGAUAGAAAAGAAGUCCUCGUCUGGGGUGCAGGUGCAGAUUUAAAUAUCCGCGUUACGGAUUUGAGUCUCUACGGGAAAAGCCGUUCAAGGGACACUCGUACCGGUUUUGCGGGACGGGGUCACAGUGUUGGACAGCCUUAUGAAGGAGUUACGUGGGCCGUUUUUAAUAACCUUCAUGGGGUAAAUAGCUGGGAUGAUAUUUCUGGAGUCCAUGCUUUACCUUCAGCGCACGGACCAUCCGGCAUAGAAAACGAAGAUAUCAUAUUUGGGCGGCGUAAUGGGAGCCUGGUUCGGAUGUCUAUUUCUCCUAGAACCGGGCGCUGUGAACUGAAGAAGCGUUAUGUUACAGGAAACUCCAACAAUCUUGAGAAGACAGAUCUUAGCACAGGUUCUCAGAGAGUGCUGGCCGCUUCUUUGGGAAGACGAUCGAUUUUGUUUUUUAGAGUUGAUGCUGAAGAAGAUGAAGUAAAACCCUUGGAUGAACUUAAAAACCCUGCGAAUGAGUUUGCAAGACAUCAUUGCUCGCGGCUUUUGUGCGAUGACCGGAUCGCCGUUGGAUCUGACAGUGUCAUUGAUAACAUAUCUGUUUUCAACCUAACAGCCACAGGAGUUACCAAAACUCGUGAGAUCAACAUGGAUGGCUUAUAUGACAGUAGUUUAACAACGAAGUCUCAAGUACAUACAAUUGAACCGCUGCUAGUGACUUCACAUACUGGAGGAAGAGCAGGUGAUCUUUUCCUUGCAGGGUGGGGAGAUAGCCAAAUCCGGCUUCAUGAUCUGCGCUCCUCCAAACCAUACGUAUCCUCGUUCAUAGAUACGGUGGACAACAGUCCGAUAUAUACCAUCCAGCCAAUAGGCCGCGAAUGCUUCCUUGUCGGCAGUGGUGUCAACGCAACCGUCAAAUUUUUCGACAUGCGCAUGGCUAACAAAUAUUCCUAUCUCGAGGCAUGUCGUAGUCCUAUACAACCCCCCCUGCAGGGCCACCAACAUCACAACCAUCAAUUUCAUGGAAAGAACAGCCACAACAACCUUCACCAGCAAAACUCAUUAAUCGCCCCCGUAGACUCAGUCCCGAAAGACCCCAUUAUGUACAGACGUCGCGAUGUUUCCGUUUUCCUCUCCAGCCGGGCUCCUUCUCACCCUUUAAGCCGCGCACCAUUGCUGCGCGACAGCCUCCGCUACCGGGGUCCCAUAUACACCAUGUCUCUACCCUCCCCGUCCUCAUCGACACUCUACGUGGGCGUGGAAGCGAACGUCAUCCGGCUCGACUUCGCCUCGACAGAUGACAUAACCGGACGUCAUCGGAAAUGGUACGAGCAGAAUCUUGGCCUUGGCCUUGACCUUGAAGCUGCCGCAAGUGCGGAUGCAAGUGCCGGUCCGGGUCCAGGCCUAGGGUUAAAUUACCCGUUGGUACAUGACGCUACGUUACGACCCUUUGACCUGUCAUGUUAUGAGCGACCCUUGCCAGAGGAUUUGUGUAAAGGGGUUAGACUGAUGAUGCAACGUCCGUUUUAUAAGGCGGUGGGAAAUGGGGAAGGGGAGAGUGAUUUGGUUGAUGAGGGGAGGGUUUGGGGCUGGGAUCAGCGGUGGUGGCAGCCGCUGAUUAAGGGGAAGAAGAAGAUCCGGGGGAGGUGGACACGGGGGUAA